CCCACCCCGUACCCCCACAUACACCCCAGCUUCUUCUGGGGCCCCUCCGCACCCUCCUCACCCCCCCAACCCAGGGCUUCUCCCUGCCCCCCAUUUGCCUCCCGUCUCCCAGGGUCUCCCCUCUCCCCGCACACCAUGUACCACCUGCUGACUGUCCUCCUCUGCGCUGCCCUGGAGGCUCUGAGCUGCCAGCCGGCCCUGGCGGUUCUCCAGGCCCCUCGUCCGGCCAACCACAGCCGGGCGCUGCCCAGCCUGCUGGCUCACCUCAAGCGGCUGGCGGGGGUCAACGGCACGGGGGCGGGGGCCUGGGGGGGCCGGGCGGCCGAGACGUGCCAGGGCUACUACGACGUCAUGGGCCAGUACGACGCGGCCUUCAACUGCACCACGGGCGGCUACCGCUUCUGCUGCGGCACGUGCCACUACCGCUUCUGCUGCGAGCACCGGGCCAUGCGGCUGGAGCAGGGCCGCUGCACCAACGUGGAGACCCCCUUCUGGGCCCACACGCAGGCCAGCAGCACGGCCGGGCCCGGGGGCCGGGGGCCAGGGGGCUCCGAGGCCGCCCGCCAGCAGAGCAACAGCACCGUCUACGUGGUCUGCGGCGUCAUCAGCUUCACCCUGGCCGUGGGCCUGGGCAUCAAGGUGGCCUUCGGCAAGGCUUCCCGCCGGCCCCAGGGGCGGGAGAUCAACAUGCCCAGGGCUCUUGUCGACAUUCUCAGGCACCAGGCUGGGACCAGCUCGCGCUCCGAGCGCAGCAAUAGCACCACCCUCAACUCAGCUUCCCAGGACAACGGCCCGGCCCGGCCCCCGAAGAACCUUUACAACACGCUCAAGCCCUGCCAGAGCAACCACGACAACAUGCACCACAACUACGUGCACCUCAACGUGAGCAGCCCGAAGCACCACGCCGCCACGCUGGACUGGCGAGUGCAUCACACCCCCACGUCGGGCCUGAAGUACAACUCACUCACCUGCUCCCGCUCCUUCCACAACCUCUCGCACCUGCCCCCGUCCUACGAGUCGGCCAUCAAGUCGGAGCUCAGCCGCUACUCCUCGCUCAAGAGGCUGGCGGAGAAGGACAUGGACGAGCUGUACCUGAAGCGGCGGCACCUGGCCGAGCUGACGCGGGGCACGCUGCCCCUGCACGCCAUGAAGAUGAACUACGAGCGCUACGGGGAGGCGGCCCAGCACCCGCGACGAGUGAUGUCCCAGGAACACAUCCUCUCGGACGGCUACCGCCCCAACCCCUACGACUGCGCCGGGCCCCGGGAGCGGGUUGUCUCCCACGAGCGGCUGCUCUCCCGCGAGGCCCUGCACUCCCAGGAGCCUCUGCUCUCGCCCGAGCGCCUGCACCAGGGCACGGGGCCCUUCCAGGAGCUGCGGCUGGGCCACCAGAAGGCCCUGUCCCAGACCAACAUCUGCGCCGCCGGCACCCCACUGCUCGAACGCCACCAGGGGCACAAGAUGAACUCCCACCCCCCCUCCGCCAACUCCGCCCAGACCGCCUGGGAGGUGGGCAGCAACCACACGGCCAACCGGCGCCAGGGCUUCGGUGCCCGCCGCCAGAGCACCAUCGAGCAGCUGCAAUUCAUUCCUGGGCACCACCCCAGCCAGCACCUCCGCACCGGGAGCAAGAACGAGGUCACCGUGUGAGGGCCCAGCUCAGGUGUACUCAACUUUCCAAGGCCAUAGCUCUCUUCCUCCUCCUCCUCUGCGUCUUCCCCCGUCCUUCACGUCUUCUUUCUUGGACCGGGCGGCCUGCCGGGCUUCAAGGCCUUUGCCGGGCUUUGGUGGCAUCUGCCUUUGAUGACCUCAGCGGCACGGGCCCUGUCAACUUUUGAUGAUGUCAGGGUCAUGUUGAACCAUCCACGCUGGAUGACGUCAGGCCCUGAGGCCCUGUCGACGUUGGGUUAUGUCGAGAUUGCCUUGUCUCCAUCCAUGUUAGAUGAUGUCCACAAUUGGUGAUAUCACUGCUGCGGGCCCUCUUGACUUGUGAUGAUGUCAAGAUUGCCUUGGGCCCGUCCAUGUUGGGUGAUCUCAGCGCCACGGGCCCUGUCAACUUUUGAUGAUGUCAGGGUCGCGUUGAACCCAUCCACGUUGGAUGACAUCAGCACCUUGGAGCCUGUCAACAUUGGGUGAUGUCAAGAUUGCCUUGUCUCUGUCCAUGUUAGAUGAUGUCAGUGCUCUAUCGACUUUUGAUGAUGUCAGGAUUGUGUUGAGCCUCUCCAAGACUGAUGACAUCAGUGCUGGGGGCCCUCUCAACUUUUGAUGAUGUCAAGAUUGCCUGGGGCCCAUCCACUUUGGGUGACAUCAGCACUAUGGGCCCUGUCAACAUUUGAUAUCAAAGUCAUGUUGGAUGACAUCAGCACCAUGGGCCUUGCUGACGUUUGAUGAUGGCAAGACUGUGUUCAACCCAUCCACGUUGGGUGACAUCAGCGCCCCCGGACUCUGUUGACAUUGGAUGAUGUCAUGAUUGCUUUAGACCCAUCCACAUUCAAUUAUGUCAAAUUGCAUUUGGCCCAUCCACCAAUAUCAGCGCUGUGGGCCCUGUUGAUGGUUGAUGAUGUCAGGACAGUCAGGCCUGUCCAUAUGGGAUUACGUCGGUGCUGUGGUUGUGUCAACAUUUGGUUCCAUCAGGACCAGCUGUCCUGUUGACUUUUGAUGAUGAUGUCAGCACUGGCCAUCUUUGAUGACAUCUGCACUGUGGCCCUUGUCUAUGUGUCAUGAUGUCAGUACCACCAAGCCUGUCAACCUGUGAUGAUGUAAACACUGUGGGUCAACCUUUGAUGAUGCCAAGAGGGCUCCCAACCUCUGCCAUCAAUACCGUAUCCAUCUCAUGACAUCAACACUGUGGACCUUGUCGGUGAUUGAUAACAUGAGUGCUGUGGGCCUUGUCGAUGUCUGAUGACAUCAUCGCCAUUUUUCAUGCUCUCAACACUGUGGACCUCGUCGACCGUGGAUGAUGCCAGUGUCCUGGGCACCAGCCUGUUGGUUUUGACAUCAGACCAGUGGCUCCAUCGCCGAUUGACGAUGCCUGUUCACUGGGCGUUGUUACUGAUGAUGUCACAGUGGUUGGCCUGGUCAAUAGUUGAGGAAAUCAAGCACUGCCAGGCCUGAACAACCCUUGAUGAUGUCAGCACUGCGGACUUUGUCGGUGAUGGAUGAUGUCAAGAUCACUGGGGUCUGUUGAUGUUUAAGGUCGGCCCUGUUGAUAUUCGGUGAUGUCAGCUCUGUGGACCUGGUACCUUUUUUUGAUGACAUCAGCACUGUGGGCCUUGUCUAUCUUUUGAUGAUGUCAGUGCUGUGGGCGCAGUCCACUUGUUGAUGAUGUCACUGCUGUGGACCCAAUCCCCUUUUUUAUGACAUCACAACUGUGGAUCUGGCCUGCUUUUUGAUGCUAUUGCCGCCAGAGGCACGGCCCCCCCUUUUGAGACUCAGCCUGCCCUGUGAUGUCACACCCGCCGGCCCCGUCCGUUCGAUGAGGACGCCACGGUGCCUUCCGAUUACAUCACUGCUCUCCUCCAGCAGGCCGGAUGCCCCCCGGCGCCGGGGUGGGAGCAAGCAGCGGCCCUGGCGCAC